AAAGAACUGUUAAAUAAGGAACAAAAAGUAUUGGGAAAUUAUUUUCAGAAUCGUAGUAAACUUAACAAACAAAAAAUUCAAGGAAAUAAUCCAAAUUGGGGAUUAUGUGGGGAUUAAUUUGCUUUUAGCAGCCUGUGUCUGUCUGAUCCAAAUUGAUUUUACGAGUCAUUUAGACGAAAAACCCUUGGGUGAGUAAAAAGGAAAUUGAAAGAAGUUGCUUGGAUCCUAAGCUACUAAAGUUUCCUUUUCUUACAGAAGCCACAUUCUCUCUAUAUAUAUAUCAAUCAACUCUCUCACACUUGCUCUCUUUCUUCAUUUCCAUCUUACAAAGCCCUAACUUCUUCUUCUCGUUACCCUGAAACAUCUUUUCCGUAAUUCGAUCACACAAAUCAUCUGAAACUCAACAACGAAGAAAGAAAGAUGAUUGCGCAGGAGAUAUCUGAUGAGUUACAAGCUUUGUUUUCCGCAGCCAUCGAAGCCACUUACCUUACACGAAACAUAGACGGCAUCGAACGCUGUGUCGAUGUUCUGAAUAAGUUGAAGACUAAGUCUCUCUCCGUCAGCGAUAUUCAACGAUUCUCUAAGUCAAUACUUCGGUUGGAGACUCUGAGAACUCAUAAAAGCCCUGAGAUCCGUGAAGUGUCUCAAUCCUUGUUCGAUUCGUGGUUGGCCACUCUCUACGGACAAGGAAGAGGAGACCAAUCUCUCAAGCCGAAGAAGAAGACGGAACGGGACAUCAAAGAUGGUGGUAGUAAGGUGACAACCAAAACAUUGCUUCCUCCUCCGAGGAGAGUCGCUACUUUCAAAAACCCUAAUUCCGCGGGGGAAACAGAGGAGAUGGUGGAGUUGUUCGAAGCGGCAAAGAAAGCUGCUGACGUGGCCAACGCUAAGGGUAUUCUCUCUGGCAAAGCAGACGCGUCUCGCUGCGUUGAGGCUAUCUCGUUACUCAUGAAGAUGAACGCCACUCCGAAACCUAAUGAACCAAGGAGGAUGCUUGAGAGGCUUCAGGUACUUACAAAGCAUAAGGACCGUACGAUUUGCAACGCUGCAUCAGCCCUUCUUCAACUUUGGAGGCAGAGGAUCAGAGAACAAGAAACCAAAGCUGCGUCUACAAUCGAUAUGAUUCUUUGCAAACCUCGUCAAGCUCAUCAGAUACGCGGUCAGGGCUUCACAAGACAACCUACAAAGACGAGGAAACUAGUAACGUGAAGAUCGUGGGUUGAACAAGUUUAUUCAUUUGUAAAAGCUUAUGUCAAUAUAUAAAUUCUCACAAGUUCUUCUGUUCCUUAUGUUUCCAAAGUGACAUUAGUACAUUGUUUUAUAUGGAAGUAACUAGUUUAUAGACUGUUUAGUGAUUUUAGCUCCUCUGCUUUCAAACAAUAAUUGUGAUUCUUUUAGUAACUACGUACACUCAUACUCAAAGAUCAAAUAACAUUUAAAAAAGAAGCGAAAAACACUGUAUCAGGAUUCAUUCAAUAGUAGUAUGAGUGUGAGGAUCAGAUGGAAUCCGUUUGUAUUAAAUGUAUAAUUGACAUUUGUAAACAUGUGUUGUGGCAUUCAGUAUGCAAUUUCAUCCCGGUUAUAGAUUCUUCAUGCCUUUUACACUUUAUUUGCCUUUUACACUUUAAGUACUAGAUUGCUGAGCAAAACACACAACAACAAGGCUACAUGAGAUAAAGGACACCCAGAAUUGUCCAAACUUGCCUAAUGGAUCUUAUAGAGCUUGGGAAUAAAUUCUACAGGUCAACUUUAAGUCGCUAGGUCCAGACCAAUCGCCCGACUCACACCUUUCGCAGUCUCAAACAUGGAAUUCAUAUAUGAUUAACAAGGAAGAAGAAAAUUGAUUUAAUCAGCCAAAAUAAAAAGACAAAAGCAUGUCUUAUCUACAUCAACCAGAGGAACAUGUGUCUCUAACGAUGGGUCCAACCAAUCAUGAGAUGAUUAUGAUGCCCCUAUGUAAAAGACUAAAAGAGAACAACAAUA